AUGCUGGAGAGUGAGGUUCCUUAUCACCGUAACUUCUUGGAGGAAGGCUGGGGAGGAGACGGCAAUGGGAUUCAGGUGGACACCCACAUCCACGCCUCGUCCUGCAUGAACCAGAAGCAUCUCCUCCGCUUCAUCAAGAGGGCCAUGAAGCGGCACCUGGAGGAGAUCGUCCACGUGGAGCAGGGCCGGGAGCAGACGCUGCGGGAGGUCUUCCAGAGCAUGAACCUCACGGCCUACGACCUGAGUGUGGACACGCUCGACGUGCACGCGGACCGGAACACCUUCCAUCGAUUCGACAAGUUCAAUGCCAAGUACAACCCCAUCGGGGAGUCCGUCCUUCGAGAGAUCUUCAUCAAGACAGACAACAGGGUCUCGGGCAAAUACUUUGCCCACAUCAUCAAGGAGGUGAUGUCGGACCUGGAGGAGAGCAAGUACCAGAACGCGGAGCUGCGUCUCUCCGUGUACGGGCGCUCUCGGGACGAGUGGGACAAGCUGGCCCGCUGGGCCGUGGGGCAUCGCGUGCAUUCACCCAACGUGCGCUGGCUGGUGCAGGUGCCCCGGCUUUUCGAUGUGUACCGCACCAAAGGCCAGCUGGCCAACUUCCAGGAGAUGCUGGAGAACAUCUUCCUUCCCCUCUUCGAGGCCACCAUCCACCCCGCCAGCCACCCGGAGCUGCAUCUCUUCUUGGAACACGUGGAUGGCUUUGACAGCGUGGAUGACGAGUCGAAGCCCGAGAACCACGUGUUCAAUCUGGAAAGCCCGCUGCCGGAGGCCUGGGUGGAGGAAGACAACCCUCCCUACUCCUACUACCUGUACUACACCUACGCCAACAUGGCGGUGCUCAACCACCUGCGCAGACAGCGGGGUUUUCACACCUUUGUGCUCCGGCCCCACUGUGGAGAGGCUGGGCCCAUCCAUCACCUGGUAUCUGCCUUCAUGCUGGCCGAGAACAUCUCCCAUGGGCUGUUGCUUCGAAAGGCUCCGGUCCUGCAGUACCUGUAUUACCUGGCUCAGAUCGGCAUUGCCAUGUCUCCACUCAGCAACAACAGCUUGUUUCUCAGCUACCACCGUAACCCACUGCCCGAGUACCUGUCCCGGGGGCUCAUGGUCUCGCUGUCCACCGAUGACCCCCUGCAGUUUCAUUUCACCAAGGAGCCUCUGAUGGAGGAGUACAGCAUCGCCACUCAGGUGUGGAAGCUGAGCUCCUGCGACAUGUGCGAGCUGGCCCGAAACAGCGUCCUCAUGAGCGGCUUCUCCCACAAGGUGAAGAGCCACUGGCUGGGGCCCAAUUACACCAAAGAGGGGCCUGAGGGCAACGACAUCCGCCGCACCAACGUGCCGGACAUCCGCGUGGGCUACCGCCACGAGACGCUGUGCCAGGAGCUGGCCCUUAUCACGCAGGCGGUGCAGAGCGAGAUGCUGGAGCCCAUCCCCGAAGAGGCCGGCCUCACCAUGAGCCCCGGGCCUCACUGAGCCUCGCUGUGCCCUCUGCCCGUACCUCUCUGCGGUCUCCCCCUCCCUCCCGCUUCUCCUGCCCUCUCUCUCCUCUGUCUUUCUCCCCCCUGCCCGAUUCCGUCCCUGAGCGUCUGCUCUUCUGCAUGUCUCUCCUGUCUCUCUGUCCUCUGCUCAAGUCCGAGGAGGGGACUGCUGGCUGGACACGGAAGGCCCUUGGACCCAGAGACCCCGUUCCGACUCCCCUUUGAAUUGUGCCCAUCCUGAUGCCCAGGGCUGGGCCCCGGAGGCGCCCCUUGGGGUGGCAGGGCCUCAGGCAGCCCCAUCGUUCCCAGGGGCAUUUGAAGCCCGGUAGCCGGGCCGGGCAUUACCAGCAUCCGCAUUCUGGCGUGAUGAUGGGGGUUUCUGGAGGCCUGUCCCUAGGGCACUGUGCCCGUCCCAUCCUCGGCAUUUAGGCUUUCUGGAGCCUCUCAGCCAUAGAGGAGAGGUGCGACGGGUCCCAUGCCCACAGAUGCUGUCUAGGUGGGUACCCGGCUCGGCCAGGGCCUGGGCAUUGGCACGGUCUCGCCUAAAUGGGACUCUUUCUUUGUCCUGGCCAAAGCGGGCAUGUUCCGAGUCUUGUCGGAAGAGCAGGGGGUGGCUGUGGCGUGGAUGAGGCCGAGGCCUGUCCAGUGGCUGCGCUGGGCAGGCUCUCUUCUUCUCAGAUGGCUGUUGCCUUCCCAUAGCCGGGCAAAGGCUGUGGUAGGGUAGGGGGAAGAGAAGGCCGAGGACCUGGGUCACAUUUUAGGAACGGGCCAAGUGCCCAAAGCUGGUGCCACAGCAGCUAGACGAGCCCAAGGAUAGCUUUCUGUGCCACUGUUGGAGGGGAAGGAGAGGAGAAGGAGCCCAGGGACACCCAGGUGGCCUUGCAGAGAGACUCCCUGGGCAGAUCCCCCUUCUUGUCUCUCCUCUCCCUACCCCCUGUUGGUGUUAUUGUCCCUGGCCAAGCUGGAAUUGUGUUUUUCAUUGCUGUGAAAUUCCAGAACAGUCCGUCUCUGAAGCAUGGAAAAAAGAUAAUAAAGAUUAUUUAAGUAA